AUGUCAAAGCCACAGAAAUCAGGAUUUCCUAUAAUGCUUCUCAAGAACCUUCCGUUCGAGGCCACUCCUACCGAUUUGUUCACUUUAUGUUCGAAGUUUGGCACGGUAUUGCAGAUUAGAAAAGGAGUGGAAAAUCACUUGAAAGGUAAUUGUUUUGUGGUGUUUGAUGACUUGGCCAAGACAAAACAGGCGAUUGAACAUUUAAAUGGGUUCAACUUCAAAGGAAGGUAUUUGGUUGCUUUGCACUAUCUGGUUGAUAACCGGGCAUUAGAAGAAGCGGCAGCAAAAGUUCGCAGUUCAAAGAAUGGGGAAAGUGGGGGCACUGAAAAUGAAAGGUUAGUUAAUAAUUUAAUGGACGAGGUGUUCAAUUGA